AUGGGAACAAAAUUUCCGAAGUUUAGCCAAGCAUUGGCUCAAGAUCCUACUACAAGAAGGAUUUGGUACGGAAUAGCUACUGCACAUGAUUUUGAAAGUCAUGAUGGAAUGACAGAAGAAAAUCUAUAUCAAAAGAUUUUCGCAUCUCAUUUCGGGCAUAUUGCUAUUAUAUUUUUAUGGACAUCAGGUAAUUUAUUUCAUAUUGCCUGGCAAGGUAAUUUCGAGCAAUGGGUUUUAAAUCCAUUAAAAACUAAACCGAUCGCACAUGCUAUAUGGGAUCCUCAUUUUGGACAGCCAGCUAUUAAAGCAUUCACAAAAGGUGGAGCAUCUUAUCCCGUGAAUCUUUGUUUUUCAGGUGUAUACCAUUGGUGGUAUACAAUUGGCAUGCGAACUAAUAAUGAUUUAUACAGUGGUGCACUUCUAUUAUUAAUAUUGUCUGCAUUAAUGCUAUUUGCUGGUUGGCUGCACUUGCAGCCCAAAUUUAAACCUGGGCUAUCUUGGUUUAAGAAUAAUGAAUCAAGACUAAAUCAUCAUUUAUCAGGUUUAUUUGGAUUUAGUUCAUUAGCUUGGACAGGACAUUUAGUUCAUGUCGCAAUCCCAGAAUCUCGCGGACAACAUAUAGGCUGGGAUAAUUUUACUACAACUUUACCACAUCCACUAGGCUUACAACCUUUCUUUACUGGUAAAUGGUACGAAUACGCUGCAAAUCCAGAUAGUUUAAAUCACAGCUUUGGUACAACAGAAGGUGCUGGUACAGCUAUAUUAACUUUCUUGGGAGGAUUUCAUCCACAAAGUCAAUCAUUAUGGCUAACAGAUAUGGCGCAUCAUCAUUUAGCUAUUGCGAUUUUAUUUAUUAUUGCAGGUCACAUGUACAAAACUAACUGGGGCAUUGGACACAAUUUAAAAGAUAUAUUAGAUGCACAUAAACCACCUAGUGGUCGCUUAGGGCUAGGCCAUCAAGGACUAUAUGAAACUAUUACUAACUCAUUACAUAUACAACUAGGUUUGGCACUUGCAUCUUUAGGAGUUAUAACAUCUUUAGUUGCACAGCACAUGUAUGCUAUGCCACCUUAUGCUUUUAUGGCAAAGGAUUUUACAACACAAGCUGCUUUAUAUACACAUCAUCAAUACAUUGCUGGAUUCUUAAUGGUAGGUGCUUUUGCGCAUGGAGCAAUAUUCUUUGUUAGAGAUUAUGAUCCAGAGCAAAAUAAAGAUAAUGUAUUAGCAAGAAUGCUAGAACACAAAGAGGCUAUUAUAUCUCACUUAAGCUGGGUAUCUCUUUUCCUAGGAUUUCAUACUCUUGGACUAUAUAUUCACAAUGACACAAUGAUAGCUUUUGGUACACCAGAAAAGCAAAUUUUAAUAGAGCCUGUAUUUGCACAAUGGAUACAAGCAAGUUCUGGAAAAGGCUUAUAUGGAUUUGAUGUUUUACUAUCUUCUACAUCUAAUAUUGCAACACAAGCAGGUAAUAGCGUAUGGCUACCAGGUUGGCUAGAAGCUAUAAAUAAUAGUAAAAAUUCUUUAUUUUUAACUAUUGGACCUGGAGAUUUUUUAGUACACCAUGCUAUUGCUUUAGGAUUACAUACAACAACACUUAUACUAGUGAAAGGUGCUUUAGACGCUAGGGGCUCAAAAUUAAUGCCUGACAAGAAAGAUUUUGGUUACAGCUUUCCUUGCGAUGGACCUGGUCGUGGUGGUACAUGCGAUAUCUCUGCAUGGGAUGCUUUCUAUCUUUCUGUAUUUUGGAUGCUAAAUACAAUUGGUUGGGUUACAUUCUAUUGGCAUUGGAAACAUGUUACUAUUUGGCAAGGUAAUAUUAGUCAAUUUAAUGAAUCCUCAACAUAUUUAAUGGGAUGGCUAAGAGAUUACUUAUGGCUUAACUCUUCUCCUCUAAUUAAUGGAUACAAUCCAUAUGGCAUGAAUAAUUUAUCUGUCUGGGCAUGGAUGUUUUUAUUCGGUCAUCUUGUAUGGGCAACUGGAUUUAUGUUCUUAAUCUCAUGGAGAGGUUAUUGGCAAGAACUUAUAGAAACUCUUGCAUGGGCACAUGAAAGAACUCCUUUAGCUAAUUUAAUUAGGUGGAAAGACAAACCUGUAGCUUUAUCAAUCGUACAAGCAAGAUUAGUUGGUCUAGCACAUUUUUCUGUAGGCUAUAUUUUAACAUAUGCAGCAUUUGUGAUAGCAUCUACUUCAGGUAAAUUUGGUUAA